AUGGAUGACAAAUUGGUGAGUUUUAAAAUUUUUUAUAUUUUUUUUGGGGGCGAAAAACCAAAAAAUUUGUACUGUACAUAAAUAUUGACUAAGAAAUUUUGUUUUGAAAAAAAUUGAAUUUGAAUAAAUGAGUCAGUGUCCAUAAAAACUGUAUUCUUUUUUUUUGGCAAAAAAAAUGAUAAACAAGAAAAUAUUUUGGGCUUUUGUGAAAGAAAAAAAGAUAUCUAAACAGGUUUUCAAUUUCUUUGAUGAUUUUUGAAAUCUUAUUCUGUAGAAGCUUCGAAUAUUUUCCCGCUCGAGAGCGCGCAUUUUAUAUUCGACAUUUUCCACUAGAGAAAAAAACAGCCGCAUGGCCUAGUGGUGAACACUUCUGCCGAGCUUUUGCGUGACCCAGGUUCGACCCCCACCCGGCGCCCAAGUUUUUUUUUAUUUUUUCAGGAACCAGUCUCAUCACAACAAUUAUCCGACGCUCUAAAUCUAGUAAAAAACGGCCAAUAUCCAAAAUCCAAUCUUCGAUUGUAUUUCUUCGUCAUUGUUUUGGCUCUCCUAAUAUCCUAUUCGAUUGCACUUUAUAACCGGGAAUCAUUAUGUAAUGCGAUAAAAAUCGAUGAAGAUGAUGCUUUUGUUGAAAAAAAUGUCUGA